AUGUUACGUAUAAAGAAAAUUUCUUCAAGUACUAGUAAAAGUACUAAGCUAAGAAUAAAAAAAAAAGCUCAACUUGAAGCAAGUGCUUUAUUAGAAGAAGCUUUUUCUAAACAAAAAUCUAAUAAUAAUAAUAAUCCUCAACUAAAUAAUUUUAUAUCAAUAUUUGAAACACAAAAUAAAAGUUUUAAUAAUAUUCCUGCCGUAGUUUACAAAAAUGAUAAUAUUAUUGAAAAAAACACUGAACAAGAAAUUCUUUCGAAAAAUAACUCAAGUGAUGAUGAUCUGUAUGAUAUGAUAGAAUCAAAUGUAAAAGUAACUUUUCAAGAUUUAAUUGCUGGUUGGGCACUUAAAAAUUGUGUACCUCAUUUAAUUUUGAAUGAAUUGUUAAAAAUAUUAAAAUCAAAUGGCCAUCCAGAUAUGUGUGUGGACUCACGGACAUUAUUAAAAACUCCUCCUCUUACAGUAUCAAGAAAUAUUUCUGGUGGCCAAUAUAUUCAUUUUAGCUUAACAUCUGAGAUUGUCCGUUUACUUAUUGACAGCCAAUUAUCAAAUAAAAUUCCAAAUACUCUACAAUUGAUGGUAGGGAUAGAUGGUUUGCCUAUAUCCCGUAGUACUCAAAGUGAAAUUUGGCCAAUUUUAGGAUAUUUUUCUAACAUACCAGGUAAACAAGUUUUUGCUAUUGGAGCUUUCCAUGGACAAUCAAAACCAAAAGAUUGUAAUGAAUUUUUACAUGAUUUUGUUGAAGAAAUAAUACCAUUAAUAAAUGUUGGAAUAGUGUACAAUAAUAAACAUGUCAAAAUUGUAUUACAUGGCAUUAUAUGUGAUGCUCCGGCCAAGUCGUUCGUCCUAAAUACAUUGGGCCAUACUGGAAAAGUAAGCUGUUCUAAGUGUACUAUUGAAGGAAUCUGGCUGAGUAAAGCAUGUUUCCCUAUAAUUGAUGCCCCACUUAGGACUGAUGAAAGUUUUAGAAAAUAUGAAGAUUCAAGAUAUCACAAUGGACCUACAAUUUUAGUCAAUAUACCUAAGUUUUCAAUAGUUGAGUCUUGUAUUAUUGAUUACAUGCACUUAAUUUGUGAAGGAGUUGUACUAAAAAUUGUAAAUUUAUGGAUAACUGGUGUUAAUAAAAAUCCAACAAAAUUACCCGAUAAUUUAAUACAGGUUGUUAAUAAAAGACUUAAUCGUUUAGCCACAUACAUCCCACUUGAAUUUCAACGUAAACAAACAGAAAAUUCCAGAAUGCAUCCUUUUUCUCAAGCAUCACGUUGGAAAGCAACUGAGUCACGGCAAUUUUUACUGUAUACUUCUGUAAUAUGCAUUAAAGGAGUAGUUUCAGAUGACAUAUAUAAUAAUUUUAUAGUACUAUGCGUGGCGAUGAGAAUUUUACUUUCGCCUUCAAUGCACAAAACUUUUAACGAAUAUGCAAAUCAACUUUUAAGAUAUUUUGUAUCAACAUUUCGUACUUUAUAUGGCAUCCAACAUAUGACAUACAAUAUUCACGGUCUUAUUCACUUAGCUAAGGAAGCCUUAAAGUAUGAUGAGUUAGAUCAGUGCUCAGCAUUUCCUUUUGAAAGUUUUAUGCAACCACUUAAAAAGGAUAUUAGAUCUCCUGUUAAACCACUACAGCAACUAGCUAGGAGAUAUAUGGAAAGAAGAAAUUUUUAUGAUAAAAUUGCUUUAACCAAACAUGAUAUUUCUGAUGAAAACCAAUUGAAUGGUGAUAUACAAUUAUUAGGAAAACCCAUGUUUAAAAAUGGAGGUCCUUUAACUUCAAUAACUAAAUAUCCACAAUAUAAACGAGUAAAAACAACCAAUUUUACAAUAGGAACAAAUAUGCAAGACUGUUGUGUUCAAAUGGACAAUAAAGAUAUAGUGAUUAUUGAAUCUAUUGCUACUUCCAUAUUUAGUGAUUCCGAAGUAGUUAUUGUUGGAAGAAAGUAUAAAACAUUAUGUAACAUUUUUGAUUCACCAUGUGAAUCUAAAUUUUUAGAUAUGUAUUCUGUUUCAAACUUAGAAAUGUUAAAUGUUUGGCCGUUAUCUAAAAUAGAAAAAAAAAUGAUUUGUUUUAGAUCAAACCUAUCUCACUCUCAAAAUACCGAUAUAGUGAUGCCUCUUAUACAUCAUACAUAA